AUGGCAGAGACACUUGUUGAUAUUGUGCUGGAGCGUUUGGUCUCUUUCGUAGCGGGGGAGAUUGGAUUGAUAUGCGGUGUUGGUGAGGAGAUGAACAAGCUUUCCAGCAAGCUCACUACUAUCAAGACAGUUCUUGAAGAUGCUGAGCAGAAGCAACUGCAAGACAAGGCGAUUAAGAUUUGGUUGCGGAAGCUCAAACAAGCAGUUUAUGAAAUAGAUGACGUCUUGGAUGAGAGCACAACCAAAGCCGCGCAAUUGGAAUUUAAACGCCAUAAUUCUGGAUCUCUUAAUAAGGUAUGUGCUUGCUUCUUAUCUUGUUAUUCUAUUCCAGACAAUUUUCUAUUUCGUCAUAGGAUUGGAAAUAAAAUGAAAGAGAUUAACGAGAACUUGGAUGCAAUUGCUAAUGAGCGGAUGCAAUUUCAUUUGCAAGAGGUGGUUGUGGUGAAUAGAGUUGAAAUUCCUGAAUGGCGUGAGACCACCUCUUUUCUAAAUGAAGGAGAUGUAGUGUACGGAAGGGAAAAGGACAAAGAAAGUAUCAUCGAACAGUUGGUGAUGCGUGCAAGUGAGUGUCAGGGUGUUUCCGUCUUUCCUAUACAUGGUAUUGGAGGGCUCGGAAAGACUACGCUUGCUCAGCUAGUGUUCAAUGAUGAGAGGGUAAUUAAACAUUUUGAGCCGAGGAUUUGGGUUUGUGUUUCAGAAGAUUUUGAAGUGAAGAGGGUCUUAAAACUGAUUAUAGAAUCAGUAUGUAGGAAAUCUUGUGAUAUUUCAAGCCUGAAUCUUCUCCAAAGGCAGCUUCAAGAUAAGUUGAAUGGAAAAAGAUAUUUACUAGUUUUAGAUGAUGUGUGGAACGAUGAUGAACAAAAGUGGGACACCUUAAAAUCUAUACUUGCAUAUGGAUCUUCAAUUAUUACCACUACCCGUCUCGAAAAAGUGGCAUCAAUUAUGGGAACACUCCCUACACAUCGGUUGUCGAAUUUAUUAAAAGAUGAUUGUUGGUUAUUGUUUAAGCAAGGAGCAUUUCAAGGCAAGGAUGAAACUCCAAUUCUUGUGAUGAUUGGGGAGGAGAUCGUGAAGAAGUGUAGGGGAGUGCCUUUAGCUGCAAAGGCUUUAGGAAGAUUAAUGCAUUUCAAAAUUAAAGAAAGUGAGUGGCUACGUGUUAAAGAAAGUGAAAUUUGGAAUUUACCACAAGAUGAUGAGAGCUAUAUAAUCCUGCAUUAA